AUGGCUGCCAACGCUAAGGUGGAGGCGCCUGCCGCCCCUGCUGCUCCCCAGCUCUCCGGCCUCCAGCUGUACUCCAGAUUCGCCUUCGCUGGUGCUGUCUGCUGCUCCGUCACCCACGGUGCUCUCACCCCUGUCGAUGUCGUCAAGACCAGAAUCCAGCUUGACCCCGUCACCUACAACCGUGGUAUGAUCGGUGGUUUCCGUCAGGUCAUUGCCAACGAGGGUGCUGGCGCUCUCCUCACUGGUCUCGGCCCUACCGCCGCCGGUUACUUCCUCCAGGGUGCUUUCAAGUUCGGUGGUUACGAGUUCUUCAAGCAGCAGUGGAUCAACCAGCUCGGUCUCGAGACUGCCUCCAACAACCGCACCGCUGUCUACCUUGCUUCCUCCGCUGCCGCUGAGUUCUUCGCUGAUAUCGCUCUCUGCCCUCUUGAGGCCACCCGUAUCCGUCUCGUCUCCCAGCCCACUUUCGCUACCGGUCUUGUCAGCGGUUUCGGUAAGAUCCUCAAGAACGAGGGUGUCGGUGCUUUCUACUCUGGUUUCGGUCCUAUCCUCUUCAAGCAGGUUCCCUACACCAUGGCCAAGUUCGUCGUUUUCGAGAAGGCUGCUGAGGCUAUCUACGGUAUGGUCGACAAGAACACCGCUAGCGAUGGUACCAAGACUGCUAUCAACCUUGGCUCCGGUCUCAUUGCUGGUUUCGCUGCUGCCCUUGUCUCCCAGCCCGCCGACACCAUGCUCUCCAAGAUCAACAAGACCCCUGGUGAGCCCGGUGAGGGUACCGUCUCCCGUCUGAUCAAGAUCGGUAAGGAGCUCGGCUUCCGUGGCUCCUACGCCGGUAUCGGUGCUCGUCUGUUCAUGGUUGGUACCUUGACUGCUGGUCAGUUCGCCAUCUACGGUGACAUCAAGCGUGUCCUCGGUGCCACCGGUGGUGUUGAGAUCUCCAAAUAG